UGGAAUCUUCCUCUUUCUCUUUUGAGAUCUUAUCCACCAUUUUUGCUUCAUUGAGCAUUUUGAAGCUUUCUUUGUUAAUGUAUUGAUUUUUUCUGUUCUUUAGUUGUCCCCGAUUUCUACAAUGAAGGUUAUGCGAUUACUCAAUCGGGCAUCUGGGAGCUCAGGUACUGAUCAGUUCUUGGACCUUAUCGCAGAUCCCUUUCAGACCCAGGUGCAAUCAAACUCCAUCUAUGCUGCCGUAGUUUACUCUUUCGUUGUCUCUGGAGGGUUAUUCCUCUUAUUCUGCUUCCUCCGGCCACGCCACUCGCUUGUAUACGCACCUCGAGCAAGACAUGCCGACGAGAAGCAUGCUCCAAUUCCCCUUGGGCGCGAUCCAUUCAGUUGGCUACGCGCAAUCAAGGAUGUGAAGGAACAGGAGCUCGUGGACAAGAUCGGCUUGGACGCCGUCGUCUUCCUUCGAUUCCUGCGCAUGAUGAGGAACAUCUUCAUCGUGCUCACUAUAGUCGGCUGUGCGAUUUUGAUACCGGUCACUCUUGUUGGAGGAAGCGAUGUUUAUGAAAACUACAGUAAGGUGGCAACAUUGAUGAAGUUCACCCCGCAAUACAUUUUUGGUUCCAAAUUCUGGUGGUAUGUCGUGUGUGCAUACCUUUUAGAAGCUACUGUCUGUUCCUUCAUCUGGUGGAACUACAGGGCAGUCUUGAGGUUGCGUCGAGCAUACUUCAAUAGUCCUGAAUACCAGUCCAGCUUACAUUCUAGGACUCUUCUGCUCACGCACAUACCCGAAUCAUCGCGAACUGACGCCGGUAUUGCAGACCUGGUCGAUCAAGCAAGACAAUUACAAAGUGUACCACGAACUGCCAUUGCGCGUAAUGUCAAAGAUCUUCCAGACCUUAUCCAAUCGCAUGAUGAAACAGUACGCGAGCUCGAGGCGCAUUUAGCAAAGUACCUCAGCAACCCGGACAAGCUGCCCGAGAAACGACCAACUUGCAAGGUUGCUAAAGAGGACCGCGGUACUCAUGGGUCGCAGCACGUCGAUGCCAUUGAUUACUUGGCUGGUCGCAUUGCUAGACUGAAGUCUAAAAUCACAGUGGCAAGAGAGAGUGUUGACAAGCGAAAUCCAAUGCCAUAUGGUUUUGCUAGCUACAGCCAUAUCGAGGACGCUCAUGCCGUUGCAUAUGCUGCAAGGAAGAAAGGGCCUUCCGGCUGUACCGUAUAUCUUGCUCCUAAACCGCAUGACCUGCUUUGGCAGAAUCUGCCUAUGUCACGCGCAACUCGAAGAACGCGAGGGUUCUGGGAUGGAUUCUGGAUGAUUUUGUUGACUGCGGCUUUCAUAGUCCCUAACAUUCUUACCGCAGUCUUCUUGUCAGAUUUCUCUCAUCUCGGUCUUGUGUGGCCCGCUUUCCAGGACAACCUACAGGCACAUCCUCUUGGUUGGGGUAUCGCCCAGGGUAUUCUGGCUCCGCUAGUCCAGACCUUGAUGUACAUGGCACUCCCGGUGAUCUUUCGACGCCUGUAUACACACUCUGGUGAUGUGUCAAAAACGUCUCGAGAACGACACGUCACUUCAAGGCUAUACGCCUUCUUCGUUUUCAACAACAUGAUGAUCUUCUCCGUCUUCGGUUCGGCCUGGCGUUUUGUUGCUUCAGUCAUCGCUGCUCAAGACCAAGGAGUCUGGGAAGCCAUCAGGUCCGCCCACCUCUUCUCCAAAGUCAUGACUGGGCUAUGCAACGUCUCUACCUUCUGGCUUACCUGGCAAAUGCAACGAAACCUGAGUGCUGCCAUUGACAUAGUUCAAGCAUGGCCGCUGAUAUGGGGAUUCAUCCAACGCAAGUUCUUUUCACCAACGCCGCGGGAUCUGAUCGAACUUUCGGCGCCACAGCCUUUCCGGUAUGCCGACUAUUACAACAACUACCUUUUCGUCUCUACAGUCGGCCUCGUGUUCGGCAUGAUACAACCAAUUGUGCUACCCAUCACCGCAUUCUAUAUAGGCAUCGACCUUUGGUUUAAGAAAUACCUUCUCCAAUACGUUUUGAUCACGAAGACUGAAUCCGGAGGCCGAUUCUGGAGAUUCCUCGUCAAUAGACUACUUUUCGCAGUGAUCCUGGCGAAUGCCGUAAUCGCACUUAUUGUUGGUGCACAGGGCAUCGGCUCGAUUGACUCGGUUCGUAACGGAGGGAUGCUGUAUGCCAUGAUUCCCUUGCCUAUCCUUCUCGCUGGAUUCAAGUGGUAUUGCAAAAAGUCGUUCGAUACCAAGCUUACCUACUUCUCUAUCGAACCCUUUUCGGAUGCCGAGGGUACUUAUGGUAAUGACAAAAAGAGAUUGAAGAGAAACGACAAGAUUGCCGCAAGAUUCGGCCAUCCUGCACUCUACAAGCAGCUCAUUACUCCAAUGGUACAUGCCAAAUCUCAACACCUUAUCAAGGAGAUCUUCGGAGCCCAUCCAGAUGCCUUUCAAGCAGGACACCGUCCAUCCGCCGACCAUGAAGUUUCCUCCAACCCUUACGGCUACUCCGAUAUGUACCUUGCGGAAAUGGAUCCAGAACAUGUCGGGCAAUCAUCUGACGCGCACCAUAUGCCCCAGGUGGAAGUCGUCGCUGAGGAAGAUCUCGAUUUCGAGAACUUCAAGAAGAGAGCGGAGUUUAGAGAUGAGUUUGGCGGUGAUGGGGAGCUUUAUGGUCGACCUGAUGAUCUCGUUUCCAGGCCUGGGACCCCUUCUACCUUAGCCACGAUGACGGAUGCUGGUUUCUUCCCUCCAAAUACCAUUGGCGGAUCAACCCGCAACUCCAGCAAGACCAAGUUGGGAGAGGACAGUAGUAGCCUUCAAGGAGACGUGGAUCAAGACGGAACGUCCUAUGAGCACGGAUACCAAUUGACGCCGCGCCGUGAUCGCUUCGAGUCGGUCGAUAUUGACAUACCAUCCACACCGUUGGACAUAGACGAUGUUCUUGGAACGGGUGCGACGCGCGCCCAGAGCCAUUCUACAAGCCAUCAUCUUCUGGCUGCGCAGGACGAGCCAGAAGACACGAGGGGUUGUUUCAAUGGCUCGUCUUACCAUGGGCAGGAUGAGGAUACGAGUUACGAAACAUAUAGAAGAUAGAGGGAGCGGUUCUUUUGUAUCAGCAAUUGUAGCAUUGCAUCACCUGUACUCUGAUUUAAGACGAAUGUUGAGUGCAUUUCUGAUAUUUUGAGUC